AACAUUUGGACAGAGUGGUUUUAUGAACUCCCCUCCAGGAAUAUGCAGCUAGAAGUGUAUAUUAUUACUGUAUACCCACUGAGAGGAGUAUCUUAGUGCAUAUCAAGAGUUUACUUUUAGGGAUUGAAGUAUUCUUACUGUUUGUGUACUCGUGAGUUGUGGCCAUAUUGACUCGUGUGCAGUUAAUAGACUUGACACAAACUACCUUGGUUACUCAGGGAGAGAAGGAGCCUCUGAGCCAACUGGAACGAUCAUGAUGACAUAUGAAAAGUGAGAUAUCUCUCCUCAGUAUUGGUCUUGGUGUCACAGCAUCUCUCGUAAUAAGGAUGAUGAUGCUUGGAGGACGCAGCUGGUGGUGGAGCGCAGGGGUACUAGCGGCACUGCUGACGCUGAUGCCGACGAUGGCUUUGGCGCAGAACAGACCCCCUCCAUGUGAGAGCGAUAUCUACUGUCACGGCGAGCUGCUCAAGACGGUGCAGUUGGCUCACAUCUACAAUGACUCGAAGUACUUCGUGGACAUGACCCUCAAGUUCCCUCCCAGCCAGGUAACAGGGGCCUUCGAAACUCUCAUGAAUAACACCAAGAACAACCCAUCGCAGACACAGGUCAAAACUUUCGUGGAGGAGAACUUCUAUGAUCCAGGGAAAGAGUUUGAAACAUGGACCCCAGGCGACUGGAAUAGCAACCCAGAGUUCCUGAAUAAGGUGCAAGAUCCUGAACUUGAGGAGUGGGCCAAGAACCUCAACGAGCUCUGGAAAAAGCUGGGUCGCAAGAUCUCUCAGGAGGUAAAGCAAGAGCCUGAGAGGUACUCCCAGAUCUUUGUUCCCAACCCUGUCAUCGUACCUGGCGGCAGGUUCAGGGAGUUCUAUUACUGGGACUCAUACUGGACUAUCGAUGGGUUACUCUUGUCGGGGAUGACAGAGACGGUGAAGGGAAUGCUGGAGAACUUCCUGAAGAUGGUUGAUAAAUACGGUAUGGUGCCCAAUGGUGGCCGCAUCUACUACACCCGCAGGAGCCAACCUCCCUACCUCAUCCCUAUGGUCAAGCUCUACAUGGACCAUACCAAUGAUCUCGACUUUCUCGGUGAGAAUAUUGAACUGCUUGAGAAGGAAUUCAAAUUCUGGGAAGACCAGCGUUCACUGGAGAUCAAGGAUCGCGACGGAAAGGCUCAUAGAGUUGCUCAGUAUCGAGCGGAUGUUGGGGAACCUAGACCAGAGUCUUACAGGUAAGAGCUAGCGCUUGUGU